UGAAACCUGAAUAUUUUAAAGUAUUUAUUCUUGAUUCUGCCUGAUGUCUCACUACCGCCUUCAACAAAUUUCUCAUUUUGUAUUCUCCAUAAAAACAGAAGCAUUUAAAAUAACUUUGCAUAUGGAUGCACCAACAUGUUGAUGACUAGUAAUACUAUGUACUUGUCUGAGGCAAGUAUCUCUUCUCAUAAUUUCAGAUUCUACAUGGUCACUGUAGUAACUUUCAUCUUUUCCUCUGAAAUCAUGCAAAAUCAAAGCUGUGUCACAGACUUUGUCCUCCUGGGCCUUUCACAGAAUCCAAAUACUCAAAAAAUAAUAUUUGUUGUAUUUUUGUUUAUCUACAUUGCAACUGUUGGGGGCAAUUUGCUAAUUGUGGUGACCAUCAGCAGCAGCUUCACACUCUGGGGUUCCCCCAUGUACUUCUUUCUGGCUUUCCUGUCCUUCCUGGAUGUAUGCUUCUCCUCUGUCAUUGCCCCAAAGAUGAUCGUGGACUCCCUCUAUGAGAGGAAAACCAUCUCCUUCAAAGGCUGCAUGACCCAGCUCUUUGCUGAACACUUCUUUGCUGGAGUAGAAGUGAUUGUCCUCACUGCCAUGGCCUACGACCGCUAUGUGGCCAUUUGCAAGCCAUUGCACUACCCCUCCAUCAUGAACUGGAGGCUCUGUGGCAUUCUGAUGGGGGUAGCCUGGACAGGGGGCUUCUUGCAUUCUGUGAUACAAAUGUUCUUUACUUUCCAGCUGCCCUUCUGUGGCCCCAAUGCCAUCGAUCACUUCAUGUGUGAUUUGUACCCAUUAUUGGCGCUUGCCUGCACUGACACUCACGUCCUUGGCCUUUUUGUUAUUGCUAAUAGUGGAUUAAUCUGCAUCAUAAACUUCUCAUUGUUGCUUAUCUCCUAUGGUGUCAUCUUGUUCUCACUGAGAACUCAUAGCUCUGAAGGUCGGCGGAAAGCUCUCUCCACUUGCGGAUCUCACAUUGCUGUUGUAGUUUUGUUCUUUGUACCUUGCAUAUUUUUAUAUGCACGACCUCCAUCUGCUUUCUCUGUUGACAAGAUGGUGGCCAUAUUUUCCACCAUCCUAACUCCCUUGUUCAAUCCUAUGAUUUAUACUUUCAGGAAUAAGGAAGUGAAAAAUUCCAUGAGGAAGUUGUGGACGAGAUUGGUGGUGGUUUCUGAUUAAAAAUAAAACAUUAAACUUAUAAAAAAUAAAAAUUUCAGAAGAAGGAAAUCAAAAUGGGCUUAGAGAAAAACUUUAUAGGGGAUGCACCUUGUAAGACAGAAAGUAAUGUAAUGCAAUAGAAAAAC